GUCAGAUGGCCCACCUUGCUGGCCCCGAGAGUUUGCUCUAGCCCUCGAUGCUACCCUCCUUGGCGAAUCACAGAUGGGCAGGCGAUACAACAUCGACAACGAUGCCGUGGCUAGCCUCUCUCCGACUUGGCUCCUCUGGCCUACAUUGCGCCGACUGCCUCCCUGUCGCUCUUCUAUUAAAGCUGACCAGACCCGGACUUGGGCUGGUGCUGCUGCUGCUGGCUAACCCUUUCUCUCAUCCAAGACCUGCAUUCCUACCCGACAGUCUUCUCUCCAUACACAUCUCCAUCUUGACCCCUUGGUCCCUUCAAUCAUGGCAUCCAACGGCAACGGCGCCAAUGGCCACAGCAAGGAGCGUACGCCCCUCCGGCCAGGCAUCUACUCGCCCACCAUGACUUUCUUCGACCCAGAGACCGAAGAGCUAGAUAUCCCCACUAUCAAGAAGCAUGCAGUACGGCUUGCUGAGGCUGGCCUGGUCGGUCUAGUCACAAUGGGAUCAAACGGAGAGGCUGUCCACCUAUCACGAGCCGAGAAGACUGCAGUCACACGAGCAACGCGUGAGGCUCUUGACGAGGCUGGCUACCAAAAUGUUCCCGUCAUUGUCGGAGCAUCCGAGCAUGGCAUCAAGCUCACCAUUGAGCUGUGCAAGGAGGCCGAGGCCGCGGGCGGCGAGUACGUCCUCAUUGUGCCGCCCAGCUACUACCGCUACGCCAUCGACGAGGACGCCAUCUACGAGUACUUUACCAAGGUUGCAGACGGCUCGCCACUCCCGAUUCUCCUGUACAACUACCCCGGCGCUGUCGCUGGCAUCGACAUGGACAGCGACCUCAUCAUCAAGCUUGCCAAGCAUCCCAACAUUGUCGGAACCAAAUUCACCUGCGGCAACACGGGCAAGCUCACUCGCGUUGCUCUUGCUACCAAUGCCUGCAGCACUACGAGCAACGGUAGUGGCUACAUGGCGUUUGGUGGUAUGGCGGACUUUACCGCCCAGACAGCUGCUAGCGGUGGCUCGGGUAUCAUUGCUGGCGGCGCCAACGUCCUCCCCAAGACAUGCGUCAAGGUCUGGAAUCUCUGGGCAGAGGGCAAGUACAAUGAAGCCCUUGAGCUACAGAAAGUACUAAGCAAAGGCGACUGGGUCCUGACCAAGUCGGCCAUUCCCGGUACAAAGUCAGCCAUUCAGUCAUAUUAUGGCUACGGGGGUUACCCUCGCAAGCCGCUCAAGAGGCUGCCGCAAGAAAAGGUCGAUGCGGUGGCACAGGGUAUCAAGGAGGUCAUGGAAGUGGAGAAGAGUCUGUAA